CUGUCGGUUGGUUGGUCGACACUGCUAUCAUUUCCCCUACUUCGCGUCCAUUGUUGAUAAACACCGAUUUUGAAUACCGGGAACCCGGGAAAUAUCAAUCGAUAAAAAUGAUCAAUUUGAUAUUUCUCUUUUCGGAAUUCAUUGUGAUCAUGUUCAUCUGUUACAUAUUCUAUUUGUUGUUCAACCACCACACUGACGCGUAGGAUGUCCUGAGUGUGUUUGUCGCGCCAUCAUGUUGCCCGAAGUGGACGGCAUCGAGCAGCUGUACAAGCGAUUUUUCCAGGAAGCCCAAGAAAUACCCAAGAAAUUAUUGCCCAAGAAAAAUGUGCAAAAAACGCAAAAAGGGGCCAAGCUUUACAAGCAGGACGGCGGAUGGACAAUGUAUGUAUCUGGAAACGCGUCGUCGUUUGCGGUCCUGUCGGCAGCUAGGUACGCCGUGUUCGAUAGGUACGCGAAAAAAGCUGACGAAGCCUACUGGAUCUCUUCGUCGGCUCCGAUAUAUCUCAACCGGACAUUACAGUCAACCGCCAACAUUCAGCCCGUAUCAUCUGCCGAGAUAUUCAUACCUAAAGUUGUAGGCAUUGGGCUGCGCAGUGUCUUUGAGCUCAUCAAAGAGAGCAGAAAAACGGCUCCCGAUAUAAGUACAAAAGCUCUAACGGCGCUGUUAGAUAUUAUUCAGUACCAAACUCCGGAAGCGCUAAAAGACGAACCGUCCGAAGUCAUAGAUCCUCUCUAUGAGUUGCUGUUGGACAUGGCAACUGGGAGAUCCGAUAACUCAACAUAUGGUAUUAAAGCAGUGGCUUGUUCUUGCCUCAUAAGCUUAGUAAUUGUUCGGGGAGAUACUGGGAAAAUAUUGAAUACACUAGCAACAUUACUUAUGUGCACACACGAUUCUUCUCCUAGAAAAAUCAUUUUGCCUAAAGUAUUGAUUAAUUUGCAAAAAUUUGUUCGUGUUCUUACACACGGUGAUUACGAAGCACCUGAUUGGAUGAACUUUGGAAUACCAAAGUCAUCAGAAAUAGUAACGUUGAACUUAAACUACCUGAACAAUAUCAAGGGAGUUGCAUCCGAUGGUAAUUAUUUGUAUACAUACUCAGACUACGGAUUACAUAAAAUCGGUACAGGAUUUGGAGGUACGAUUAGCGGCCUGACCUAUUUGAAGAUGCCACGAACAGCAAAUCAACCAUUGCAUUCAACCGAUGUUUCUCUUGGAUUCUAUCAAAAAGUUCUUUAUUUAAGAAUGUGCAAUAUCAAUAAUCCUAACAUUCUAGAAAUUGAAUUUUUAAACAAAGAAACAUUAAAAAAAAUUGGACGAGUACAAGUAGACGAAUUUCAAUCGGAAGAUUGUGAGAUAUUUAGUGAUGGUGACUAUUUGUGUUUUCUUGUACAAUCUGCUAACAAUUACGCAGUGAAGUGUGUAGACCCCAGUACGGGAAAACUUGCCAAAGAAGUUCCUUUGAUGCUAAGUCGUCGCAACGUACGAAUUUAUGGUGUCACCGAUCUGUGGGAUUCCAUUACAGCCGAGAGUGCUAUUAACAGUGCAACUGAUGAAGAAGUUUCUUCCAUCGCCAGUCUAAAAGACAGUUUUAUCAUAUCAGUCAAAUCCGGAAGAGCAAUGCAAUGGUCAAGACCUAAAGGUCAGAGUGUUAUGAACAGUCACCGCUCUGUAUGGUCUGAACUCACUCUGCCUAAUCAAUGUAAAAUUAUCAAAGUAGCCUCUGGGCAUGACGGUUCACAUUGCGUGUUUCUAAGCGAUUUGGGAUCGGCAUACUUUUUGGGUGUAGCGAAACGUGGAGAAGACGGCGAAGAAGAUCGUUGCGUAAAACCAUCUAAAGUGACCAAACCAAAAAAGAUAACCAAAAUGGAUGGGCAUUACAUUGUCGACGUAGCCUGCAACCAUGGAACGACCGCAUUAGUGACUAAGGAUGGACUUUUGUACAUGUUUGGGAAAGAUACUAUUUAUUGCGAUCGGUACACGGGACUAGUAAACGAUUUAAAGAACGCCAAAAUUGUACAAGUAGCUUUAGGUAAAGCUCAUGCUAUAGCUUUGAGUGUUAAGGGACAUGUGUAUAGUUUCGGCAUCAACAACAAAGGACAAUGUGGACGUGACACGGGCAACGUGCAAGCAAAUAAAAACAAUUAUCCAAGUAUGACCAGUUUAGAAUCAGCAGAUGAAAUGAAUUUGAAAAACGAUCGGAGUUUCUUCGAAGACGACUGUUUUGAUGAAGUACCCAAUGAGAAUAUCUGUAAACCAGGUACACAUUUAUGGAGAAACGGACCUUGUAUGAUUUGCACUGUGUGCAGAGAAUGUACAGGGUACGGUGUCGGCUGUUUCAGUAGCAUACAAUCGAAUCGCAAACCUGGCCAGAAAUGUGGUUGUGGUGAUGGAGACGCUGGAUGUACUGUUUGUGGUUGUUGCCGUAUUUGUGCACAACAGACCAAAGAAAAGUCGGAAUUCGCUAUACUGGGAUCUAAUGGCAUUGGAGAUAUAGCAGAUGGGACUAUAAUGAUGAGAAUCGGAAUAAUGGGUGGUGCUUCAAAUGCUGUCAGCAAUCACAGUAGUGAUAUUGAAAGAGAUUCUAAUGCGAGAUUAUCAUCGUUGCCCCCGGCACGCAUAUUUUUGCCGACCGACUGUCCAGUUGUUCAAAUAAGCUGUGGUCUUCAUCACACGGUUUUACUACAUAGCGAUGGCAAAGUAGUUACGUUCGGUAGUAAUACAAACGGACAACUCGGGUGUAGCCUGUCGCAUAGUAGAAGAGUUCCGACUGAAGUGAAAAUACCUCGUUUGAAAUGUCCCAUAACUUGUGUUUCGGCGGGCAGCAAUCAUACUGCAUUGGUGUCGAAAGACGGCAAACUCUAUACUUUUGGGAGUUAUUUGAAAAAUCAACUUGGUCGUAUUUGCGAAAGCAACAACGUACCUUUAUGUGUUGAAGACAUUUAUCCGCCACAUACAAGACGGGCAAAUGUUGUUAUGUGCUGUGGCGACCAGACAAUUGUAAAAGUUGACGAGGGGCUGAUUAACAGUAAAAUAUUGUCCAUUGCUGCCAACAAGGAAACAAUUUUGGUGAUGACAUCAAAUAAAUGCUUGGCAAUUAACAAACAGGAUGGUACUUGCAAUAGCCAUUCAGGGAAAAACCAAGUACAGUUCAAUGAAAAGUAUAACGGAAUUUGGUGUUUUGACAUAUUGUACAAUAAUUUAUGGCAUGUUAACGAAGUCAAUGAAAAAGCUGUAGUUACGUGUUAUAAUGUAAAUAACGCAACUAGAAAACCCGAUAGUAAUUCUUUAUUGAGUUACGAAUUGGCCUUGCCUCCCACUGCCGGAAUUUCAUUUUCCCGAGUACAAAUAUUAGUUAAUUUAUUAACAUGCAUGGAUAUACUCGGCCAGAACUCGUGCAUGUUCUCGCUGAGAAUUAGUCCAUCGCAGAACAACUUGUCAAGUAUAAACUCGAUAAGUGAAUCUAAGAAAGAGUUUUUGCGUGUCAAUAGAUUUGCGAGCUUAGGAGGAGGAUGGGGUUAUUCUGGUCAUUCGGUCGAAGCUAUUCGUUUUUCAGUCGAUUGCAAUGUAUUAUUGAUCGGAUUCGGUUUGUUUGGCGGUAGAGGCGAAUACACCGCUAGGCUAAAGUUAUACGAUAUUGGUAUGGAUGAAAACGAUUUAGACGACGACGAGGAUGGUGAUUUAGUAACGGUAACAGAAGAACUUACUUUUGAAUGUGCUCCUAGACAAAGAUAUCCGGUGAUAUUUGAAGAGCCCGUUAUUCUUUAUGCGAAUCGUUGGUAUGAAGUCAGUGCAAAAAUUAAUGGCCCGUCAAGUGAUUGUGGAUCGAGUGGAAUGUGCAGUGUAACAAGCGACGAACAAGUUACUUUUACUUUCAAAUCUUCUCGACGAUCAAAUAACGGAACCGAUAUUAACGCCGGUCAGAUACCUGAAAUCCUUUAUAGAACAGCCAUCCCUGAUUCAAUAUCUCUAUCAACCAUUCAUACGUCAAAUAGUGAUACUCAGAUGUUGAGUGAAGCUUUUUCGAGAAAUGUUAACAAGGAAUGCUUCAAGUCUCUUAUAAUGCUACUCCGGUGGGCCUGGUCGUCAAUUAUGGAUAUCGCGGAAAACAUGUGUAUGCCGUUCACCCAACAGAAGUUCUAUACCGACAUGACAUUGACGGAUACGAGCACGACGGCCGUCUGCCAACUCAAACUGUUGAUGUACAUAAGUCAAUCGUGCUUUCAUCUGCUCCAAUCGUACAUAUACGAAGUGUAUCCGGAUCAAGUUGACAAAAUCAAACUCGCCGAAACGGAAGGUCUGGCCAAAAGCGUCAUCGAAGUCCGUCAAGUGCUCCAACACAUUCUGUCGGAUCCCCGUGCCAAAGACCUCUUGAGUUAUGAUCGGAUAUUCGUACAAAACAAAGGCAACGAAGUAGUGACUGUAAUGAAGUGCAUGAAGUGGCUGAAUCAGAUAUUGGACGAAUGUCACAGGACUUUUGUUUCUUGUUACCACGCGUUCUAUCCUACGCCGCAUCUGAAGUUGCACUCUCUGUGGGAUCGCGCUCAGAAAAAGCUUCACGCCACUCACAGAAAUAAGCUUUUGACGGCCGUGGUGGCAGCCCUAUGCACUACCCCGUUCCGUCUCCGCGAGCUCAUGCCGAUUUUGACCUCGACCGACAGCCAAUCGAAGCCAAGUUCGUUCGACACAGACAGCCCGUACUACUUUCCAAUGUUGACGACCGCCGCCAUCAAUGUGGCCAAACAGCAUUCCCGGAACGAGUCCAAACAGCCGUCCCGGUACGAACCCGGUUGGGACGAGCUGCUCGGCCAACUUUUGGACAUGAUCGCAACGCCGGUCCGCAAGGCGCUGUGGACCGGCAAGAAGCCGGAUAAGGAAGAUACGAAAUUGGCGACCAACUGUUCUCAUCUCGUGGCCCGAAUCGUCGCGGAGCUGUCAUCGCAAGCCACUAUAACAGAGGACGGCGUGGAAGUCGUCAACGAAGGAGAUGUAAUGCUGACCACUCCUUCGAGGUUUUCCAAAAUCAACCAGACUAAAACCUGGAACGCCGGCAACGGCUCGCCGGACGCCAUUUGCUUUUGGGUCGAUCGUCCGGGCAUAUCGAUUGCCGGUUGCGGUAUCUUUGGCGGCGUCGGCAACUACGAAUACGAACUCGAGUUGCUCGCAGAAAAAAGUCAGUCGGAGUACGAAGAACCUCACGGAAACCGAUGGAAGAGUUUAAUCGUCACCAGAGGUUCGUUCGGCCCGAACGACAGUGCAAUAAAUUACGUGGUGGAUGUGAAUUUCGACUAUCCAAUACGAAUAAAGGAAAGAGUAAAAUAUGCGAUUCGUUUGAGAAAUUACGGUGGCCGAACCAACAACGGUGACAUGGGACUGAGCUGUGUCAAAGGUCAAGACAACACUAUAUUCUCGUUUAACACGUGUUCGCUGAGUUUGAACGGAACAACUCAGUCACGUGGCCAAAUACCCUACAUUUUGUACUACAGUAAUGGCAGCGACAAAAACAACGACUCCGAAAAGAAAAUGUGCAACAAAAUAAACGCCAGAGAAAGUACGUUGGGCGCGUUGUCAGCAAUCGUCGAUCAACUGUUGGAGCUAUUGAAUAUCGGAGCCGUUAAAAUAAAACACGACCCACUCGUUUACAAGUACUUGGGAGAAUCCGCCAUAGUCAACAUACUAAUGCCUUUAGUGUUGUCGCACGUCGGGCCUUUGAUAACGUUUUCCAAAGACGCCAAGAGUGCCACUCACGUUCUGGACCUGAUCAGGAAGUUAAUGCCGGAAGUGACGUUGAUCAAUAUGUACGCAGCCGAAAAUUUAGACUUGUACCACAGAGACAUAUGCGAUAAGUUGGACAACUGUGCAAAGCCGGCAACCAAGUCGAAACUACAGAAAAGCGAACAGAUCAAAGGCAUGAUUGAUUCUCAUCAUUACGCUUGGGUGGAAAGCGACCAUCCAUAUAAAACAGCUUCUGUAUCCAAUUACAAAGUUAAAUUUCCCAAAGAGGUCAAGUGGUUGUGCUUAGAAUUCGAUCCACGCAGCUGUACCGCUCAGGCCGAAGACUGUUUACAGCUGUACAUUCCCAAUUAUAGAGACUACGUUGACGACGAUGCAGACAAGCAACUUGGCUCUUCGCCUUACAUACCGGUUUUGAAAAAAUUCAGCAACGACCCGGUGGAGUGGCCGUUUGCAGCUGUAAUGCUACCCGGUAAUGAGGUGGUGUUCUCGAUGGAAACGUCAUCGGACUACACGAAAAACGAACGGGCCACCCGGUAUGGGUUUCGGUGUCUGGUGAUUGGAUACGAAGUGGACGAGAUGAGCAAAUACCAAAAGAUGGGCUAUGGGCUGAUUCAUUUAGAAACAGAGUUAUCGUUUCUUGGAGGGAUGUGCGUAUCAACUAUGCUGAAAUGCGACCUCAUCCUGCCCGACAACGAACAACGGCCGCCUACCCAUCACACUACUACUGAACUGGAGUCCUUGGCUGCCGCUCAUCGCGCGUACUCCCGGCAUUCGGGCCUGUUGAAAAAAGGAUUCGCUUUUGCACCAAUCACCGACAUCCAACAAGUCAUGGACGGCAAGUUUCCACUAAGAGUUGAUGGUAAUGAAAAUCGUUUUUUGAAAGAGUUUGUGAGCUGUACCCCUCGUUCGGCUGGAUGUAGACUGGCCAGGUGGUUACAACCGGAAUCCGCGGUCGAACCCGACUCAUGCGAGUUGACACUUUGCACGGCCGAAGUUCGGUGCGGGUGUCCUGCCAAGUUCAUUGUCCGGACCCGUGACCAAUACGGGAACCUGGUACACUCAACGGGAUUAAAGGUGGUUUUUAUUGCUCAAUCGACGUUGAAAUCUAAGAUAAAUCUCUAUGCGGACAAAUAUCCGAUCGUUAUGACCUCCGGAUACUUUGGCGGCCAUUCCGUGCCCAGGACUCACAUCCCUUACGAGACGGUCGUCAAAGACAAAUUCAGAUAUCAAGCGAUCACUUUCAUGAAGCAAUACGAAAACUAUUCGUUCGAAGAGCUGCGCGUGGCGUCGCCGCCGUUGAAAGGCGAUUCGGAAUUGCUCGAGAUGGAAGCACAGGGCAACGGUUCUUACUUGGUCUACUGGACUCCGACGGUCAUCGGUUGCUACGACGUCAGAGUGGAAGUGGACGGGUUCUCGUUGACAAACCAAGUGAAACGAGUCGACGUGAAAGAAGCCCCUCUCAACGGCGUAGGGUCGGCUAGCCAAGAGCAAGACUCGGCCACGUCGACCCCAAGACUUUUGCAGCACGUGGGCAAGUACAGCGCCGGGCUGCGAAUCCGAACGCAUCCGUCGUUGCAAUCCGAAAAAAUUGGACUCAUACCCGUCAUGGGAAUUAUUGGUUACACGGACGAGGUUUCCAACGACGACGGCGACUGGGUAAUGUUGAAUCCCGAUUCUGUGGAGAGGUAUUGCCGUCAAAAAGCGCCAAAACCUAAUUGCGUCGAAGCUUGGGCGAUGAGAGUCUGCAGAUUAGUGGACGACGAAAUGUUUUUGGUGAAGGUCAACCAGGAAAAACCCAACGGUGACGAGGCGGCGGCUAAUGACAAACAUGCGCAAAGUACAGCAAUUGUCCGGGACUACCACCAAGACACGCCGACGGUGCUGAGUACGCCGAGGAAGUUCAAAGUGAUCCGGUGUGGCGCGUCCGGACACAACAUCAGAAACCAACCGACGUUCAGAUCCCACGCGAUUGGCAUGUUGGUCCAUGGCGAUGUCAUCUCAACCGUAGACAAAUUGACCAACAACGAAGGCAUGUGGGUCAAACUGUCGGACGAGUCCAUCUACGACUUCUGCGGAUCGACGCCCAUUUCUGCUUGGUCGUUGGCCAAUAACAACUCCAACGUCGUCUUCUUGAAACCCAUAUCCGAACAGAGCACCAGCAACAACGAAGAGAGCGCUGCAUCGACAAGAGUAGACAACGAUGUUAAGGUUUUUAACAAAAGCACAUACGUGAUCGAAAAUAACAUAGAUACAGGCUUCAACGAAAAACAGUAUUCGCCGAAGCGUAAAAAAGAUCCAAAAGCAAACGUCGAAGGAAUGAAUGCCAACGCCGUACUCCAGAUACCGUACCAUAGGUCGAGGGCCGAGUGUAGGAUGAGCAACGGUAAUACGGUUAUGAUGCCGCCGGGAAGUCCUCGGAGAUCGCCCAGGUACGGCAGUUCGGAAGAAAACAAACACUUGAGGACACCGACUAACCCGGACAUCGUCAACGCGAGAAGAGACGAAGAACAACCGUUGUCGACGUCCAGCGAGUCCACGGCUCCGGCGAGUACCAGUUGGUCUUCACUGGAUACUCCAUUUACGCCAAGUCUGUCGACUUCCAUGGACAGUUCCGGCGAACCUAACCCUGAACAUAUGAAUAAAUUCGAAGUGUUUCCCGGCGUCACGACAGCGACACAAACUACUCCGGACAACGAGUUUGGUUUUAAGGACAAUAACAAAACAAAUAACAGAUCAUCGUGCAGGGGUCGACAGAUUGCAAAAAACAACGAUCUGCCAACAACGGAUUCGCUUGAUCAAUACGAGCAGUCCGACUUGACGGUGCGAGAAUCCGCGCCCUUAAAGGACGCAAUGAGUCCUUCGGUAGCGGAGAGCCUGAGAGCCGUGUUCGCCGCGUUCUUGUGGCACGAGGGCAUCGUGCAUGACGCCAUGACUUGCGCAUCGUUUCUCAAGUUCUACCCGACUCUUCCCAAAAACGGCGCCGUGGUCACUAAACGAACCACAGACAGGAACAAGGACCGGAGUAGACAGAGACAUUCGGUGGAAGUGACGACGGGCGCGGGCGGUUACGAUCAUAUCCGGCCCAACGACGCUAACCGUUCCAAAACGGGCAUGGCGUUUCCGGCAGAAGGCGCCAUCACCGAAGAGAGUUUGACUAGUUCCGGUAACUCGGAAACCGCCGAAGCCCAUGGCCAUCAUCCGAUACCGUCCAGCAGCAGCAGCAGCGGCGGUGGUACCAGAGAGUCGACGGUGAACUUUUUACCGCCCGCUCUCAGCUGCAUGGUUCGGCUCUGGGACGAAGUCUCUACUGCUAUGCUUCAAAUGAUAACGUCAAAUGUAGUUUUAAUCCCUAACGACGAGGAUAAAGGUGGUGACAAUUCAAUGCUCGCUGAACGGAACCAUAACAAGCGAAUAGCCCGGCACGUAACGCUUAACAAAGAACCGAUACCCUGCGAACUCUGUGCUGGCAAAACUUUCCCCCACCCCAUUGCCCAUCACUUGAGCAACGCUCAUCCGGGAUGUGGCGGCAACAGCGGCGGACGCGGUUACACCAGUGCAGGUGCCUACUGCACCGGAUGGGCUGGGGCGUGUGGAUAUGGUGGUAUCGAUGGGACUUCGUGGUACUUGUUGUGUGAGACUUGCAGAGAGAAUUUCUUGAAAAAGGCCAAAUUACCACCCGGCAGACAGCGAAAGACCGGCAUCCGCAAUUACGAAUCGAACCGCAAGUUAAAAUCAAACUUCGGAACGAACUGGAGCGUAGACGGGCUUCACAUAGUGUUCAAAGAAAACGCCAUGUUCCUUUUGGACUUGGUCAGCUCUAGUAGCAGACAAUCGGUCAACGACGAAGCCACUACGGACUCUGGCAAUUGGGACGUUGGCGAUUUCAACAGUCUAAUUUCUUUCGGAAAUUUCUCCAAGAAGACAGACUGCGACGAGGCAAUUCUACUUCAGCUCCAAGAUCGUUCUUCCGCGGUCGGUCCUACGGGUGACGACGCGGUCGACGGAACGACCAGCCGUAGCGUUCAUCGGUCCGCAUCGAUGGACAUUGAAGUUUCGCCUAUUAACCGACGCAAACGAAUCAACAGCACUUGCGAUUUGGACAACGGGUUGUCGCUCAUGUGCGUACCUUCGGCGGCUUUGCAAGCUCUAGUUGCCGAAGUAGACGCGGCCAGUGCCAAAGAAACCGCGGUAACGGAUGUAUUCAAAAGACCCGUGAUCGAAUUCGUCGUCGAACAACACAGUUUAACAGACUUGAAGUGGUCGAUGAAACAAGCCGUGAGGAAAGCGGCUUGUCGAAGUUACGCGCUACAGGCGCUCAACUGGCUACUACACGAGGUAUCGCAAGCUUCGUGUUUGCACGAUUUACUAUGGUGGUUCGUAAUAGCUCUGUCGGCCGAAGUGCGGACCAUCGACGGCACCAACGAAUCGCCAGAGCCCAGAUGUAGACAUCCGUUGAGCGAUUUGUACUUGGCCGGGGAAGCCGUCCAUCCUCUGCCGAAGGUGUUCUACACGUUCCUACAGACCGUGUCCGAUCUGAUGCUCUACUUGCCUUCGGGUUCGGCCCUCCAAAUGAUGGCCAUCCGUUGCUGGGACAUUCAUUUCACUACAGCCGAUCACAUGUUCUUGCACAGGAGUAAGGUGUUCAGUAACAUAAGUAAAAUACUAUCGCACAGCGAAGAGUAUCAAGACGUGUGCGAAGACCUAGUGUCUGGCGCUCAUGAGAACGAAAAAGGUAUUGUAACUUGCCUUAAAGACAUCACCGAAAAUACGGAAAUCACGGCGUCCAGUCGUUCGGCGAUGAUCGCCAAUCUGAUCGACCAGUCUACGGAAACGUUUUGGGAGUCGAGCGAUGACGACAAAAGCAAAUACAAAACGAUUACAAUACACUGCGCCGAUCCGCUGGAAAUACCCAAGGCCAUUUACGUUUACAUCGACAACAGUCGCGACCUGAGUAACAAAGUGUCUUUGGUGAUUUUUACCUGCGGUCCGUCUAUCGAUAAAUUAAAAAAAAUCAAAUCCUCUGAAGUUGAGAAUCGUUUUUGCGGCUGGAUAGGAGCUUUCAUUCAAGACGAUUCGCAAAAAGUGAUAUGCAUUGAAAUGCGAGGACUGGACACGUGCGUUAGGUUGAGGCAAGUAAAAGUGCUUGGAUCGGUGACCGGAGAGUCGCAAGUCCACGGACGCCAGUACAGUUACUCGACCGUUCAACACCGUCUGUGCGAAAAUGAAACUUUAAAAGUGUUCCGAUCCAUCACUUUCCAAGUAUUCGGCAAGUUGAUUCAAGGUAAAUCGCAGUCGAUGGACUCGAGCGUGGACGAGAGCAAAGAUCUCAAGGAACACAUGGUCGGCAUUCUGUUCAGCCAGAACAGAUUGACUCAUUUACAGAAACAAGUGUGCACACACAUAGUGGAAGCGAUCAAAAAAGAAGCGACCACCGUGCGCGAAGAAUGGGAAAAGACCGCGGGCAAGAAGGACUCGGUUACCGCAAACGGCACUGCGACGCCCACCGAUGCUUAUUGCUUCGAGAUGCUUUCCAUGGUGUUGGCGCUCAGCGGCAGCAACGUCGGCAGGUCGUACUUGGCAAACCAACACGACUUGCUGUCCAACCUGCUGAGCCUGUUGCACACCGGAAGCGCUAGGGUCCAAAGACAGGUGACUUUGCUGUUGAAACGAGUGCUGCCGGAAGUGUCGCCCGGCGUGAUGGCUUCGUUGACCGACGCCCGGUUGCCGUGCACCGAACUGUCCAUGGCCAGCCAUCCUCCGUACCGGUGUCGCCAGGUCGGGCUUCUCGAUCACUUCUUGGCCGUCAUAGCAAAGGCUCUGACGCUACAGGUCAAAGUCAAAGGGGUCGGCGGCAGCAAGGUGGUCAACUCGGUGAAGCUGCACGACGUCGACCUGGACGUGGACGACUCCCGGUGGUAUCUCAGGGGAGCGGCUUCCCGGCAAUUGGCCGACGACAUCAUACAGAUACUGUUGGACAUGGCCAAUGGAAAAUUCUGCGAUGACGAAAAUUGGAAAUCCGUGUCGAGGGCGGCCAUCGCGGAAAACAUACUGCGGCUGACCAGGCUCGGCAAGGAACAGAGGACCAUGGAGGCUUGCGUGAAAACCCCGAUUUUAUGGUUGGCUUUGGCCUCGCACUGUGUACUGCAUCCGGAGCACGCGGAGAGGUUAUCGUCGGGACAUUGGACCAAGCCCGAAAACUCCGUGCCGGCGCCGCCCAGGCCUUUGUGCAUGAACCACGACGACGGCGAGACCGGCGCUGUAAUACAGUGUCUGAUAUGUGGCAACUUGUGUGUGGACUGCGAUCGAAUUUUGCACUUGAACAGGAAAACCAAACAACAUCAGAGACAAGUUUGCAAAGAAGAAGAAGAAGCCAUCAGGGUGGAUUUGCACGAAGGGUGUGGUCGUACGAAAUUGUUCUGGUUACUGGCGCUGGCCGACAAAGCCACGUUGCAAGCGCUGGUCGAAUUCCGCGAUGCUUCGACCAAUUGCACCGAGCUGUCUGUACCGGUUGCCCGGGUCAGUGUACAGUCGACCAGAGUGGGAAUUUGUAGGUUCUGCGGAAUGAUGAGCAACGACGGACUGCUGGCCAUAGGCAACGUGUGCGCAAACGACGAAUGUCAGUUGCACGCUCAUAACGCGUGUCAAAAAGUGCUUAAGUGCGGACACUUGUGUGGCGGUAUCAAAGACGAAAUGGAAUGUUUGCCGUGCUUGAACGGUUGUGUCAACGAAGAGAACGCAAGACUCAAGCAAGACGCCGACGACAUGUGCAUGAUUUGCUUCACCGACGCUUUGUCGGCGGCUCCUUCUAUUCAGCUGGUUUGCGGCCACGUGUUCCACUAUCAAUGUUGCAAAAGGGUUUUGAUCAACAAAUGGUCGGGCCCGCGCAUCGCGUUCGGGUUCCAACAGUGUCCCAUAUGCAAACAUCCCAUCGAUCACUCGUGUUUGGCCGAUCUGCUGGAUCCGAUCCGCGGGCUAAUGGCCGACGUCAAGAGAAAAGCCCUGAUGCGAUUGGAGUACGAAGGCGAUUGUUCCAUACAGAGCGACCAGGCCGCCACGUUCGCCAUGGAAAAGUACGCCUACUACGUUUGCCACAAGUGCAAAAAGGCUUAUUACGGCGGCGAAGCGCGCUGCGAGCUCGACAUCGGCAUCGGGGUGGACUACGACCCGGCCGAGCUGGUUUGCGGCGGAUGCAGCGACGUGGCGUGCGCUCAAAUGUGCCCCAAACACGGUACCGACCUGCUGGAGUACAAAUGCCGGUACUGUUGUUCGGUGGCGGUUUUCUUUUGUUUCGGCACCACUCACUUUUGCAACGCUUGUCACGACGACUUCCAGCGAGUCACCAACCUGCAGCCCGACGAACUACCACCGUGUCCCGCCGGACCAAGGGGAACGUCGUUGAACGUGGAAGAAUGCCCGUUGCACGUGAAACACCCUCCGACCGGCGAGGAGUUUGCCCUGGGAUGUGGAGUUUGCCGGAACGCUCAUACGUUUUAAAAAGCGUCGUCUUGCUGUAUUUAUACAAAAAUUUACUUAUUCGAAUGCCGAACACCAACAUUUUACCCUCGUAUAGCCAUUGUGUACGAACAAAGUUUGUAACUAAAAAAACAUAACAACAUGUACAUAAGUCGCUGAUCUGACAGAGUUGGCCGAGAUUUUGGAUAUUUUGUCAGAUCAGUCGUAACUAUUUCACAGCCAAGUCUCGACAACUCGGUACUUAAAAACCGUCAAUGCGCAGUGCCGUCUUUACCCUAAGAAGGGCACAAGCCCACGACCCUCGGCCCGAUGGAGACCCCGAAUAAUACAAUUUACAUUUUUACCUGCAUAGCCCAAAACGUGUUCAUUUUUUGAGUUGUCGAGAUUUUGCUGUGUACGUUUAUUUUUUAAUGAAAAAUACUUUGUUUUUAGCUAAAUUUUUAACGUGCGUUUGUGUGUGUGUCGUUUACGGAUAAGUUACCCUUGUCCGUCUUUUAACGUUUAAACGCUAUUUCCAAUUUUUUAUUAUUAUAUUUUUUUUUUAUUAUACACUAUUAUAUAUUAUUAUGUAAUAUUUACCGUAGGUAUCUCGUCGUCUAGUCGUCGUUUGUUAUGUUUUUUUUAUUUAACGUGCUUGAUACUACUAUUACCAGUAGUUAUGUUAAAAAUAUCAUUGUGAUGAUUGUUAUAUGAGCGAAUUUUGCUUAGGGUAUUUACGAUGACAAAAUUGUGAAUCUCCGUGGAAUCAUAAUAUACGUUUACCUUUUAAUAUUUGAUCUGUAAAAACGUAGGCGCAAACGAUCGACGGCUCGAGGGGAAUAAUUAAUUAUAACAUGUCCAAUAACUAAAUGCCAAGUCCUUAUAAAACAUUAUUUUUAAAAAGUAGCUAAAUUAUUUGAAAGACUUGCAAAAAAUUGUUCGUGGAAUACAUAAAAUGAUUUCCCUAACCGCCGUUUGCGCCUAUGAGUGUAAUUUUAUAGUCGUUAAUACUUCGGUCGUAUAUUGUUCCCAUUUGUUUUUCAUUAAGCAAUAUUCUAAACUAUCAUUAACCGUAUAAGAAUAUUAUCAUAUUUGAACUAUACCUGAAAACAACAAUAUUAAAAUAAUUAUUAUAUAAGUAAUAAUAAUAAUUAGCUUUCGGUUUGUAUACGCGGCAACAGUAAAUUUAACAUUUGCAUAGAUUUUAGCUUAUAAUAAUAUUGCUAGUAAUGUUUUAAUAAUAUGUACUCAACUUCAAAGCUAAAUCACUGAAAACGGCCAUUAGUCCCAUACUAUUUUGAACUUAUUAUAAACUGUACGGUACUUAAAAUACAUUAAGCUUAACUUUAUGCCAAGUGUACUUGGAUUUUAAUAUUUUAACUAUCUUUUUUUCCAUCAUCGCGUAGUGUGUUUUGUUGACAAAUAACCAACAUAUAAAAAAAAACGACUUAAUUAAUGUUUAAUAAUUAAACUUUCUACUAUUUAUUUUGUACAAAACUUACAAAAAUUAACUAAUACUUUACGAAUAUUCUAUAACGAUCAACCGCGUAGACAGUUCCCAAAAAGCACUAUUAAUUAGAUUAAUAUUAUAAUUGUAUCAAUUUUUUGUUUGGCUUUUUCAUUGUACUAGUUCUAAUGUCGAGUUAAUCUAGGCAACAAAUAAUAACUCAACUUUGUAUUACCCUGUAAUA